CUUGACUUCGCAGUGAACGCUUAUUAGAAUACACUUGUUUAACUGUAAUUUUUCGAAUUCGGUAUUUUUAGUCAUGUUGUUUUGGGCGCUCGUCAUUGGUGCGAUCAUAGUCGCUUGGUUGUACAGACUCAACAAAGAUUACGUCGUUUUGGCCUGUUUUACCAAACGCGUUCGCACAGUUGAUGGCACACCGUUGGAAAAUUCGGUGGCCUUGCCCAAGGCUCGUACAAUAUUCGGCAAUGCCUUCGAUUUAGCAGUAUCCGGGGAUAAUAUUUUCACAUUCUCGCGCAAACUUGCUGCCACAAUGAAAAGAAGUUACUUGCAAUACGGUUUUUUCAUGCCAUUUUAUAAUAUUAUCACAGCCGAUGAAGCGGAAAUUGUGAUGAGUGACCAGAAAAAUUUAAUUACCAAAGGUUUAGUAUAUAAUUUUAUGGUGCCAUUCUUAAAUCGGGGACUUCUGACGUCAUCAGGCAAACGUUGGCAUGCACGCAGAAAAAUGUUGACGCCCACUUUUCAUUUCAACAUACUUGGACAAUUUGAAGAGAUUUUCAAGGAAGAGAGUAAAAAAUUUGUUGAGAACUUGGAAGCUAGUGAUUUGAAUUCAAUUACACUGAACGAAAUCAUACCACGAUUCACACUCAACACCGUUUGUGAAACCGCUUUGGGCGUUAAAUUGGAUAAGCAAAUGAAUGCCGAUCAAUAUCGUGCCAGCUUCAGAAUGAUCGAAGAAGUGUUUGUAACACGCAUCGGAAAUCCAUUCUACUUGAUCGAUUUGGUAUACAACAUUUUUUUAGCGCCUAAGAUUGAAAAGCAUAUUUCAAUUGUGCAUCGUUUCUCCAGCGAUAUAAUCGAUAAACGCCGGCAAUUAUUGGCAGCUGAAAUCGAACGCGAGCCAGGAGUUAAAGAUGAUGAAAACGAGGAUUUCAGCAGCAAGAAACGCUACGCCAUGUUGGACACUCUAUUGCGCGCCGAACGCGAUGGUCUAAUCGAUCAUGCGGGUAUUUGUGAGGAAGUCGAUACAUUUAUGUUCGAAGGUUUCGACACAACAUCGAUGGCGCUCUUAUUCUCAUUUAUGAAUUUCUCUCUGUAUCCGGAAAUGCAGGAGCGUUGCUAUCAAGAGAUACUCGAAUAUGUUGAUGAUGACAUUAGCAAAUUGGACGUAAAUCAGUUGGCCAAAUUGAAAUACAUGGAAUAUUUUAUUAAAGAGACUUUACGUCUAUAUCCCUCAGUGCCGGUUAUCACACGCGAAACGACGAGCGAGACAAUAUUGCCCAAUAAUUUAAUAUUACCUGAGCGCACACAAGUCAUUAUACAUAUAAUAGAUAUACAUCACAAUCCCAAAUACUUUGAAAAUCCCAAUACAUUUGAUCCGGAGCGCUUUACACCCGAACGUUCCGCUGGUCGUCAUCCCUUCGCCUUUGUGCCGUUUAGUGCUGGACAAAGAAAUUGUAUUGGACAAAAAUUUGCUAUAUUGGAGAUGAAAACGUUUUUUGUUUACAUUUUGAAGAAAUUUCGAGUUCUACCUUUAAUGGAUGCCAAAGAUGUGACGCUGGCCGCGGGCAUGGUCAUAAAAACGCCAAGUGCGGUUAAGGUUAAAUUAGUGAAAAGAGUGUGA